CGCCGCAGCAGGAGGAGGAGGCGGAGGGAAGGGGCCAGCCCGGAGCAGAGCAACAGAUGGCUAAGAGCUAGCAAAGCACAUUCAGGACCAUGAUGGCUCAGUUUCCCACAGCCAUGAAUGGAGGCCCAAACAUGUGGGCUAUCACCUCUGAAGAGCGAGCAAAGCAUGACAAGCAGUUUGAGAGCCUUAAACCAAUAGGAGGAUAUAUUACAGGUGAUCAAGCACGUACCUUUUUCUUGCAGUCAGGUCUACCAUCAUCAGUCCUAGCUGAAAUAUGGGCUCUUGCAGACCUGAACAAAGAUGGGAAGAUGGAUCAGCAGGAAUUCUCCAUAGCUAUGAAACUCAUCAAACUAAAAUUACAAGGUCAACACUUGCCUGUGGUCCUCCCACCGAUCAUGAAGCAACCUCCAGUAUUCUCGCCGUUAAUUUCUGCUCGCUUUGGAAUGGGUAGUAUGCCAAAUCUGUCCAUCCCAACAUCUGUGCCUACAAUUGCACCUUUAGCUCCCAUGUCAUCAUUGACCUCAGUGACUUCGAUUCCUCCCUUGGUUAUCUCUACUCCCCUGAUACCUUCUAUCAGUACAUCAUCAUUGCCAAAUGGAACAUCCAGUCUCCUUCAGCCUUUACCUAUGUCUUUCUCUUCAACAUUGCCUCAUCCUGGUUCUUUCAGUCCCAUGGCAGGAGGAUUUGGUGGUACUAAUAUACAGAAGGCACAGUCUCUGAUCGAUUUAGGAUCUAGUAGUUCAAAUUCUUCCUCCACCACUUCACUAACUGGGAAUUCACCUAAGACUGGAUCCUCAGACUGGGCAGUUCCUCAGGCCUCCAGAUUAAAAUACAGGCAGAAAUUUAAUAGCCUUGAUAAAAGCAUGAGUGGAUACCUAUCAGGAUUUCAAGCAAGGAACGCCCUUCUGCAGUCAAACCUUUCUCAGACUCAGCUGGCUACCAUUUGGUCACUAUCUGACAUUGAUGGAGAUGGACAGCUGAAAGCAGAUGAGUUUGUGUUAGCCAUGCAUCUAACUGAUAUGGCCAAAGCUGGGCAGCCUCUGCCAUUGACCCUGCCUCCUGAAUUGGUACCUCCUCCUUUCAGAGGUGGAAAAUAUGCCGAAAAUGUUAAUGGAACUCUGCCAUCUUGCCAGCGAAUGCAAGAAGAGGAGCCCCAGAAAAAACAGCCAGUUACAUUUGAGGACAAGAGGAAAGCAAACUAUGAGAAAGGAAACAUGGAACUGGAGAAACGACGUCAAGUCCUACUGGAGCAGCAGCAGAGAGAGGCGGAACGUAAGGCUCAGAAAGAAAGAGAAGAACAGGAGCGAAGAGAGAGGGAACUGCAGGAGCAGGAGCGGAAAAAGCAGCUUGAACUGGAAAGGCAUUUUGAGAAACAACGAGAGCUGGAAAGACAAAGGGAGGAAGAGAGGAGAAAAGAAAUAGAAAGGCGGGAGGCAGCAAAGCAGGAACUCGAGCGCCAGCGACGGCUGGAAUGGGAGAGAAUUCGACGCCAAGAUCUUCUUAAUCAGAGAAACAGGGAACAAGAAGAAAUUGUCAAGUUGACCUCUAAAAAGAAGAGCCUUAAUCUUGAAUUAGAAGCCCUGAGUGGCAAACAUCAGCAGAUCACAGGCAGACUACAAGAUGUUCGAAGCAGAAAACAAAUUCAGAAAAGUGAGCUGGAAGCUCUAGAUAAAAAAUGUGAUUUGGGAAUUGUAGAAAUCAAACAGCUACAACAACAACUUCAGGAAUAUCAGAAUAAACUAGUCCAUUUAGUUCCUGAAAAGCAGUUAUUAAAUGAGAGAAUAAAACACAUGCAGCUGGACAACACUCCUAAUACAGGAAUCAGUUCAGUGAACAAGAAGUUCCUAGAAAAGGAAGAAUUAUGCCAAAGACUUCGGGAGCAAUUAAAUGCCCUAGAAAAGGAAACUGCUUCCAAACUCUCUGAAAUGGAUACCUUUAACAAUCAGCUCAAGGAACUGAGAGAAAGCUACAACACACAGCACUUAGCCCUUGAGCAACUUCAGAGGAUCAAACAAGAGAAAAUAAGAGCUGUAGAAAGAAAAAGAGCUGAGCUUGCACAGAAAAAGCGACUGGAGGAUGAGGCUGCAAGGAAAGCAAAACAGGGGAAGGAGAACCUAUGGCAGGAAAAUGUCCGAAAGGAAGAGGAGGAGAAAAAAAAGCGAUUACAGGAAGAGCGAAUGAAGGAAAAAAUUCAGGAAGAAAAACAAAAAGCUGAGGAGGCAGCUGCCCAAGUGAGAGAGAGGGAGUUCCAGUUGCAAAAACUGACUGAGGAGAAACAUGAGGAGGAGAGGAACAAGCUAGCUGAGAUUCAGAGAGAAACAGAACAACAAAGGCAGAGACAACUGGAAGAAGACAAGAGGAAGCAAGAACAGAUUGCAAAAGAAGCUGAGGAGAGGCGUAAACAGCAUGAAGAAGAGAAGAGAAGAAAAGAUACAGCCAACCUGCAAGAGUCAGAGAAACACACUUCAAAAUUAAACUUAAAUGAGAAAUUUGCAGACUUGUUGAAACAGACUGAGGGUAGAAAUCUUAAGCCUACGUGGAGAAGUGAAGGUAAUGUAGUUAGUGCCUCAGAAUCUAGGAAUUCAGCUGCCUUGGUGAAUUACAGAGCUUUAUACUCAUUCGAAGCAAGGAAUAAUGAUGAGAUGAGUUUUAAUUCUGGGGAUGUAAUUCAGGUUGAUGAGAAAACCGUGGGAGAGCCUGGUUGGCUAUAUGGGAGCUUUCAAGGUCAUUUUGGCUGGUUUCCAUGCAACUAUGUAGAAAAAAUAUCAGAAAAUGAAAAAGCUUUAUCUCCUAAAAGGGCCUUACUUCCUCCUACAGUAUUUUUGUCUACUACCUCAGCUCCUCCAGAACCACUUUCACCAAGUAGAUCAGCAGAAGACACUGAUUACCAAAACGUACCUUUCUCAAGCCUAACUGUUAACACAACAUGGCAGAAAAAAUCCGCUUUUACUCGUACUGUGUCCCCAGGAUCUGUUUCUCCUGUUCAUGGACAGGGACAAGCUGUGGAGAAUUUAAAAGCACAGGCACUUUGCUCCUGGACUGCAAAAAAAGAUAACCACUUGAACUUUUCAAAAAACGAUAUAAUUACUGUGCUGGAGAAGCAGGAAAACUGGUGGUUUGGAGAAGUACAUGGAGGAAGGGGAUGGUUUCCUAAAUCCUAUGUCAAGAUCUUGCCUGGAAAUGAAAACAAACGAGAGGAACCCGAAACUAUUUAUGCAGCUGUAAACAAGAAGCCUAGUACACCAUCUUAUACAAUUGGAGAGGAGUAUGUUGCACUCUAUUCCUAUACAAGCUCCGAACCUGGUGAUUUGACUUUUGCUGAAGGAGAAGAAAUACUAGUCACUCAGAAAGAUGGAGAAUGGUGGACAGGAAGCAUUGCUGACAGAACUGGAAUCUUUCCAUCAAACUAUGUCAAACCUAAGGAUCAAGAUGGUUCUGGUACUGCUGGCAGAACUGGGGCACUAAAUAAGAAACCUGAGAUUGCCCAGGUGACUACAGCGUAUACUGCAUCAGGGACAGAACAGCUUAGUCUGGCUCCAGGACAGCUGAUACUUAUUCUGAAGAAAAACCCUAGUGGAUGGUGGCAAGGAGAGUUACAGGCAAGAGGGAAAAAGAGGCAGAAAGGAUGGUUUCCUGCUAACCAUGUUAAAUUGUUGGGUCCAAGCAGUGAGAGAACUACUCCUGCUGCUCUCUCAGUAUGUCAAGUGAUAGCAAUGUAUGAUUAUGCGGCAAACAAUGAAGAUGAGCUCAGUUUCUCCAAGGGGCAGAUCAUUAAUGUACUGAGCAAAGAUGAUGCAGAUUGGUGGCAAGGAGAAAUCAGUGGUGUGACAGGUCUCUUUCCUUCAAACUAUGUGAAGAUGACCACAGACUCUGAUCCAAGCCAACAGUGGUGUGCUGAUCUCCAAACUCUUGAUACUAUGCAGCCAAUGGAAAGGAAAAGACAGGGCUACAUUCAUGAGUUGAUCCAGACUGAAGAGAGGUACAUGGAUGAUCUUCAGCUUGUCUUAGAGGUUUUCCAGAAACGAAUGGCUGAAUCAGGCUGUCUCACAGAAGAAGAAAUGGGAUUGAUCUUUGUUAACUGGAAGGAGCUCAUAAUGUCUAAUACAAAGUUACAUAAAGCCCUGCGUGUGCGUAAGAAGACAGGAGGAGAAAAAAUGCCUGUGCAGAUGAUUGGGGACAUCCUGGCUGCCGAGCUCUCUCACAUGCAGGCCUAUAUCAGAUUCUGCAGUUGCCAACUCAAUGGAGCUGCAUUGCUGCAACAGAAAACAGAUGAAGAAACAGAGUUCAAAGACUUCUUAAAGAAACUAGCCUCUGACCCUCGCUGUAAAGGAAUGCCGCUCUCCAGCUUCCUGCUGAAGCCUAUGCAGAGGAUUACACGCUACCCUCUGCUCAUAAAGAGUAUUCUGGAGAAUACCCCAGAAAACCACCCAGAUCACAGUAAUCUCAAACUGGCCUUGGAACGCGCAGAGGAGCUGUGUUCUCAAGUUAAUGAAGGCGUGCGUGAGAAAGAGAACUCAGACAGGCUGGAGUGGAUACAGUCCCAUGUACAGUGUGAAGGACUUGCUGAGCAACCGAUUUUCAACUCCAUUACAAACUGCCUGGGUCCCCGAAAGCUCCUGCACAGCGGCAAGCUCUACAAAACAAAGAGCAAUAAGGAACUAUACGGCUUCCUCUUCAAUGACUUCCUGCUCCUUACCUACAUGGUCAAGCAGUUUGUUUCUUCAGGGUCAGAUAAACUGUUCAGCCCCAAGUCCCACUCUCAGUUCAAAAUGUAUAAAAUGCCUGUUUUCCUUAAUGAAGUCCUAGUGAAAUUGCCAACCGACCCUUCAAGUGAUGAGCCAGUUUUCCAUAUCUCCCACAUUGACAGAGUCUACACGCUAAAAACAGACAAUAUUAAUGAGAGGACGGCCUGGGUCCAGAAGAUCAAAGGAGCAUCGGAGCAGUAUAUCGAAACCGAGAAGAAGAAACGGGAAAAAGCUUAUCAAGCACGCUCACAGAAGAGCUCAGGAAUAGGACGCUUGAUGGUACAUGUGAUUGAAGCCACAGAGUUGAAAGCCUGUAAACCUAAUGGGAAAAGCAAUCCGUAUUGUGAAAUCAGCAUGGGGUCGCAGAGCUAUUCCACCAGGACGCUGCAGGACACUUUGAACCCUAAGUGGAACUUCAAUUGUCAGUUCUUCAUUAAGGACCUUUAUCAGGAUGUGCUGUGUAUCACCAUGUUUGACCGGGAUCAGUUCUCACCUGAUGAUUUCUUGGGUCGCACCGAAGUUCCAGUAGCAAAAAUCAGAACAGAACAGGAGAGCAAGGGACCUACAACUAAACAUUUACUGCUGCAUGAGGUUCCAACCGGGGAGGUUUGGGUCCGCUUUGAUUUGCAGCUCUUUGAGCAGAAAACACUCCUUUAA